GCUGCAUCUCCCCACUCCCUCUCCUCUUGUCGCCGUGGUAACGGAGGAGGGGGCUGAAGGGAGGAGAAGGACCGGAGCAGACUCAUGACCGCAGCUCCUCCGGUUUUCUCCGGUUACACGUCGUUCGUCGCGGGGGUCGCAGCAGCAUCAGCUCGGUCAGUGAAGGAGAAGAAGAAGCUCGUCCUCACCUCCAGCACAUUUCCACCGUCGGUUGAACGGGGGUCGACAUGUCAGACGUAGUUCCUCCAGAAGUGAGACCUAAACCUGCCGUCCCUGCCAAGCCCCCAAAUGUGGGUGCUCCUUCCCCCUCGAGCCCCUUCCCACCCCAGGGGCCGGGCAUCGGAGGAGGCGUCGGCGUCCCUGCUCCCCUACCAAGUGGUAUUCCAGUCCCAAUUGGGAGUCAUGCCUCCGGAGCCAGUCAUGGUAUUGGCCAUGGCGUGGGCCACGGUGCCGGCAAUAGUGGGGGUCAUGCUGCAGCGCACAGCGGAGGUCAUGGCCACACUGGCUCCCAUAGCUCUGGUGGGGGGUCCACACUGCUGGGAUACAUUGGCAUCGACACCAUCAUUGAGCAGAUGAGGAAGAAAACCAUGAAGACAGGAUUUGACUUCAACAUCAUGGUAGUCGGUCACAGCGGUCUGGGAAAGUCGACUCUUGUCAACACCUUAUUCAAGUCCCAGGUGAGCAGGAGGAGCGCAGGAUGGUCCCGUGAUGACAAGAUCCCCAAAACUGUGGAGAUCAAAUCAGUGUCUCAUGUCAUUGAGGAGGGUGGAGUGAAGAUGAAGCUGACACUCGUUGACACGCCAGGCUUUGGGGACCAAAUAAACAAUGACAACUGCUGGGAGCCCAUUUUCAAGUACAUCAACGAGCAGUAUGAGAAGUUCCUAAAGGAGGAAGUCAACAUCACCAGGAAAAAACGCAUCCCCGACUUCAGGGUGCACUGCUGUCUCUACUUCAUCUCCCCAACUGGACACUCUCUUCGGCAGCUAGACAUCGAGUUCAUGAAGCGCUUGAGUCACUCAGUCAACAUUAUCCCUGUCAUUGCCAAAGCAGACACGAUGACCAUUGAGGAGCGACAGGAUUUCAAACAGCGGGUAAGAAAGGAGUUGGAGAUGAGUGGGAUUGAGUUUUACCCACAGAAAGAGUUUGAUGAGGACAUGGAGGACAAGAGCGACAAUGAUAAGAUCAGGGAGGCGAUGCCCUUCGCUGUGGUCGGCAGUGACAAAGAAUAUCAAGUGAAUGGCAAACGGGUUCUGGGGAGGAAGACAGCAUGGGGAAUCGUGGAAGUUGAAAAUCCCAACCAUUGUGAAUUUGCUCAGCUGAGAGAUUUCCUGAUCAGGUCCCACCUCCAGGAUCUGAAGGAGGUCACUCAUAACAUUCACUAUGAAACUUACCGAGCCAAGAGACUGAACGAGAACGGAGGUCUACACCCCAUAUCCUCCAAUGGCACUCAAGAAAGCAACCUGUAGUCAGUCAGUCAGUCAGGGGAAGAGUUGAGUGAAAAUGAAGUUGUGCAAUGAUGCUGAUAGAUGAAGCCACAGAAUAAUAUCAUCACAUAGAUCUGUUAAAAAUAGUGUCAUUUAAUUUUUCAAAAGCAAUCCUGAAACAUAUCAAAACCCCUUUAGUUCAAUUUCAGAGUCAUUCCCCUUAAUAUUUGGAUGAAAUGUGAUUCCCACCCAGAGAUUUAGUGCCAUUCUAAAAGGGAACAUUUUAUCUACUGCCAAAGUAUUUUCAUUCAUCAUUGUCUGGGUAGCAUGAGCUUAGAAGGUGCCAUGUUAUUGUGUGUAUAAGAGGCUUAUUUUAAAGUUUUUGUGUUGUGUAGCAACUGAUGUUUAAAUUCAGGAAAAUGAUCUGCUUUGCUCUCAAUAUAAAAAUCCUAAUACCUGUGUAGCCAGUUGACUCUGUACUUAGGUGUUUUUUAAUCCUCAUUUAGCCACUGCUCAUUUGAAGAAACCCUGUGGCUCUGUUGUCAGGACGACUUAACAAACAAUACAAGCUCGGCUGUCUCCUUCUGUACUCAGAUGCAUUUUCUCUAAUCAAUGUUCCCUUGUGCUGUUUGAUUUGAUCAUUUUGAAAUAGUUUGAGCAGACCUGCGAGAUAUGACUAGAGACAGCUGCUACGUCAGGCACAUGACAUGCAGUCCUGUGAGCAGCAGUGUGUGUAAUGCAGGACUCCACUGGUUGCAUGACUGAGCUCACUCCAGAUUCUGUGACUCCAUGAUUCACCACAAUAGAGCAAAACACAAAGUGAAGGGUUUGGGACAGUACAGCUCAGGAUACUCUGUUGCACCACAGUGAGCACACAGGACAGAGGAGUCGUCCAAUGCAUUUGUGCUGUGUUCUCCUGCAUUAGUUGACUAUGUGUUUUUACAGUGAUGAUAGAGAAUAAUUAUACAACAAAUCAGUUGUUUUAUUAUUAUUCAAUUUUCGUCAAACAUUUUUCUGACGGACUAGAAUGACCUAUUUUACCACUUAAAUUAACUUCAUGCACCCGUUUUAAUGUUGAUUUAAAAGCCUGCAGUGAUUAAGUUCAAAUUAUUUUAUUCAUAUGAAUAAAUAGUAUGGCUAAUAAAAAUCGAAUUUCACAUAACAACAAUUGCCAUAUAUAGUGCAAAUGAAUGACAUUUUUUGCUCAAGUUUAUUUUAGUUUGCUGAUAUGUGCCAUGCAGAGUUUUACUGAACACAGCAGAGUUCUGACUCAGACACAAAGGACAGUAUAGUGCCUGGUUUUGUAUUGAUGCCAGUUUAAACUUUCUCUUGUUCACCACUUGGUGGCAGCAUUCUGUCGCAUAAAAGUAGUGACUCAGCAAAACAACAAACAGGUUUUCAAUCCAGCUGUGAUUCAUGCUGAUUCAAAACUUAUUUAACCUGAUCUCAUUUCCCAGUGAUGUUAACAGAGUUUUGGUCCUUGGUUGCUGUCAGUACUAUAUCUCUCCAGAUCCUUGUUUACAUAAAGCUUUAAGCUUUAACCCAAUGGUAUGCACUCACACCGCAGGUUAUAAACAUGUUUACCAAAUUUCCGCACAACAUUGACACUUUUCUGCCAUGAACCGUCUGCAGUAGAGCACAAAGGUGCCAAAACGAUUCGUUAUUUAAUCUUUUCAAUACCUAUCAAGAUUUAGUUUGUCGUUGAAUUAAUGAUUUUAUACAAUCAUACACGUUUGUGUGAUUUUGACAUGAAGUGUUGUGCUGCAACAAAAACAUUGUAGUUGUCUGUGGUUUUAGUGCAGUCAAAGGAUUUCAAGCAGACAUUUGAAAGUGUUUAUGUGUGCAUGCGUGUAUCCAUGUUGCCUGUUUGCCUAUACAGCCAAUCUGUUCACAUAUCACUGCAACUUAUCAACUAUUUCUGAGUGUGUGACGUGUACAUUAAAUUGUUACAUCAUAAGUUAGAGCGCUGCUGUCUUAACUCGUGUAACUACACUGACGGCCCACCACCCACAUAUCACUCAUCCCUUUGAAUCAGUAGAACUUCACAGUGCACAUUUGCUUAAUAAUCACACAUUUAGAGAUAAUUUCAGGUGUCAUAAUGACUUAUUUAAACAUUAACGUUUUAUUGUAUUUAUUCUUUAUUUAAUAAAAACACAUUUCCAUGUUUCUUGAAA